AUGUCUGUCUUCACCUAUGAUCCAGAUCCUCCAAGGGUCUCAUCUCCUUGGAUGAAGCUCGGUGAUUCUGGCAAGGAUGAAACUGGGCAUCUAGGCUCAGACGUUUCUCAUUCACCUGGGCAGCCAGGAUCCAGAUUGUUAUCCGACUACGGAGUGACCAAACUUCAAGCCGAGCCACAAGACGGCCCCACGGAAUAUAAGCUUCAUCUACUUCUUCGACCGCGGAGAGUGUUCACGCGCAUGAGUACAACCAACAAGUCGCGUCAUGGACGACUCAAGUCGUCAGUCCCUUCACCCGCUGCGUCCAGCCAGCCUCGACAACAGAGACUCGAGCACUUGACGACUCAGCUCUUGUGGAGACUACAGCAAUCUUCCCCCUAUCACUUGUCCAGCUCCAAAGAACUGGCACUUCCCAAGCUUCCAGACGACAACGUUGAUCUUACUGCCCCCGUGAAGCUCAGGAAACUUGUCCCCGGUUUGGAAGAGUCCAGAGGGGCUUUGUACGAAAUAGGCGUCGCCGACGACGGCACUCUUGUUGGCCUUACCAAGGACGAAAUGGAUGAGAGUAUUACGACUUUGAGAGUCAUGGCCGCAAGUUUAGGCUGCACUGUCGAUGUUUGUCGGAGAGUCAUCGUCGGUGACUGUGAAUGGGCCGAGUCUACCGAACCAAUCGACAGUAAUGUAGUCUUGCCAGAUGAAGUCAUCAGAAGCGGCAAACUCUGGGUCGCCGAAGCACUCGUCAUGCCUUACCUCGGUUUGAUAGACGGAGGAAACAGAGAAAGCAGCACCGCCUGCAAUAAGCAUUCUGCGGCAGAAAAUGUUGCUGUGCCUAGCCGUGGUAGUUCGUCCACACCGCAAUUGAGAGUCACUUUCACUGGGCCUACAACCUCCGGUAAAUCGAGUCUACUGGGAACAUUAUCAACGGGGAUUCUGGACAAUGGCCGUGGCAACAGUCGCCUUAAUUUGCUCAAGCAUAGGCACGAAAUGGUUACAGGAGUAACGAGCUCGAUAGCUCAGGAACUCAUCGGAUACAAGGGCCAGUCAAUUCUCAACUGCAGCCAUGGAAACAUUGAGUCCUGGAUAGAUAUCCACGACUGUUCCGAAGGUGGCCGCUUGGUAUUUGUGUCAGACUCCGCGGGGCAUCCAAGAUAUCGACGCACAGUCCUUCGUGGUUUGAUGAACUGGGCUCCUCAUUGGAUCAUCUUAUGUUUGGCGGCCGAUGAUACGGAAGUAGCCACAAAGAGCCAAGGAGUGUCUAAUGACCUGGGUGUCUCAGCAGGCGGUGUUGAUCUCGUCAAAGCACAUCUGACUCUGUCCCUGAAACUGGGCAUUCCUUUGGCAGUUGUAGUUACCAAGAUGGAUCUCGCCUCCAAGAUGAGUGCGCAUAAAAUCACCAACAAGGUUUUAUCAGCCGUCAAAGAAGCUGGGCGUGUACCGAAAAUCCUUCGGCCUGAUCAGAAGAUAGGGGGAGACCUGACCAGAGUGCCCGAUGACGACUCUGCCAAAGUGAAGGACUUAUUGAAGGGAAUCACGGAGAGUGGAAAUCUGACUGAGAUUGUUCCAAUAGCUUUCUCGAGUGCAGUCAAGGGGAGUGGAAUUGGCCUUUUGCAUGCACUUUUGGAAAACCUACCACUGCCACCUACACCAACAGCGUGCGAUUAUAUUGGCAUGGCGUUGAAUCCGGAACAACCCAAGUGCCUCUUUCAUAUCGAUGAUACCUUUUCUUUAUCAGCAUCUUAUGGUAAUUUGACCAGUGGUUCUGGGGAAAUGGCUGGCCUCGAUAUUGUUGUAUCUGGCCACCUCAGGUUUGGACAAUUUUCCAUUGGGGACAAGAUCGUUGUUGGGCCUUUUCCGCCAGAGGAUGACGAACCUCGCGAGUUGACUCCAGAGGGUAGACAGUCUCCAAGCAGUUAUGGACUGUCGAUCUCGCAUCCAUCAUCAGCAGAGCUGGCCCGCAUUGCUAUGAAGAACGCUGUAUCUGCGUCGGCAAUUGCAGGGGAGUGGCAUGAUGCUCAGAUUGUUAGCAUACGUAACCUGAGACUUCCAGUCUCAACUCUUGAAGCCGGGCAAGCUGGGUCAAUUGGCCUCAACAUCCGACCACCAACGACUCGUUCCCAGAACGGCAAUAUAGACCACACCGCUGUCGCCGAGAUUCCUCGUAUUCGCCGGGGCAUGAUCUUAGCAAUACCGUCGAAACAUAUGGCAGAUACUGGAUUGAAGUUGCAAGCUGCAAGCGGAUUAACGGCGGUUUUUGAAGACCCAGACAUUCACACGCUAGCCGUUGGCUCUUUUGUCAACAUAUACAUUGCUAGCAUUCGAACGGUAGCGCGCAUCCGCCGAAUAUCUUACCGAGACAACGGAUGGCACGCCGGGACGGAGUACACGGAUGAGAUGGAGGAGGUUUUCAACCUCAACGAUGAACCUGACUUGAAUAAUGUUAGAAAUGAGAGCGAUAAGCGUGAAGGCGGAGUCGAGAUGGGCCUGGAGCUUCUACAUCACCGAGAAUGGAUAGAGAUGGGUUCACGAGUUAUACUUUUAGAAGGUGGGAGUCAGGAUAAAUCCGGGCUAGAGGGUUUCGUGGGUAAGGUCGUUGAGAUCGUAGACUAA